GUACAGACGAUGUCGUCACGGAAGGUGAUGGUGUUCGUGGUGACGUUUGUCAGUUACGGCCUGUACCACGCGAGUCGCAAAGCAUUAUCCGGAGUGAAAUCGUCGAUAAAAGCGGAUUGGCUGAGCAACUCGUCCGGCCACGCGCCACUAUUCACCAAUGAAGCCGACGCCAAGCACUUUUUGGGAUCACUCGACGCGAUUUUCAUGGCGGCCUACGCGGCGGCUCUCUUCUUUUGGGGUUGGCUCGGCGAUCGGCUGAAUCCGAAGCUUGUCGUCGCAGCUGGAAUGGUUGGCUCUGCGGUUACGCUCACUCUCUUCGGCGCCAUCCCAAAAUGGUUCAAUUUCUACCAUGCGCCCUACUAUAUCAUGACCUACGUGGCGUUUGGGCUUGUUCAGGCCUGCGGAUGGCCCAGUGAAAUCGCGAUUAUGGCCAACUGGUUCGGAAAAGGAAAUCGCGGAUUUGUGAUGGGUGUCUGGGCCGCGUGUCAGCCCGUCGGCAACAUUUUCGGAUCGAUUUUCACGGCGAUGGUGCUUCCACUAGGUUAUCAGUACACUUUUGUGUUCAAUUCGGUGCUCAUUGCUCUCGGAGCAAUUGUAGUCGUCAUGGCUAUUGAUUCAUCGCCUAAUGAAGAGCAUGAGGAUGGCGUAGAGGCAAAUAGGAUUCGCCUUCUCCGACGAUCUAGCAGCUCCGAGCCCCAUCACAACUUCCACGGUGAGCCAAUAUCCCUCUUCAAGGCCGUUCUUCUGCCAGGCGUGCUCGCCUACUGCAUCUGCAAUGCCUGCCUGAAACUCGUCAACUACGCCUUCUUUUUCUGGCUUCCACUCUACUUGACCGAUGCCUAUCACUGGGAAGAGUCGCAGGCGGAUCAGUUGAGCAUUUGGUACGAUUUUGGAGGCAUUAUUGGAAGUGUGCUCGGCGGAUACAUUACUGACAAGAUGGGAAAACGAUCUCCGCUCAUCGUCGCGAUGCUCGUGUGCUCCAUUGGCUCGCUGUACUUUUACGCUCACGUCGGGCCGCACAUGUUCUGGAAUGCGGUCGUCAUGACCACCGUCGGAGUUACAGUCUCUGGGCCGUACAACUUGAUCGUUGGGUCCAUCUCAAUCGAUCUAGGAUCACAACCUGCUCUAGCUGGGAACACACAGGCGAUGUCCACGGUGUCGGGAUUGUUGGAUGGCACUGGAUCGGCAGGAUCCGCUGUUGGACAGCUUCUCAUUCCGAUCAUCCAGGACGACCUGGGAUGGAAGGCUGUGUUCUAUGUGUUCAUGCUAUUGAACGGAUUCGCCAUCCUAGCCAUCCUCAAGCGCUGCAUCAUCGAUCUGAAAUCGCUUCGAAAGCUCCGCAGUGGAGAAGAAUCUCCGCUUCUCAAUGACGAAGCCGGUGAUCACGAGGACUGAUAACUUAAUUUUGUUUAAUUUUAUUGAUUUACAUAAUUCUCGCUAACACUUCCACCCCUCACAGUUUUAAUUCCAAGUUUAUGUACAUGUUGAUAUACGGAUUCCCAUUGAUUGUUCCACCCCAAAGAUUCUAUUUGCCUUCUUCAAUUUCCUUCCUGUGAUGAUGGGUAGUCUUCCACCUUUUUUUGUGCAAUGUUGUUGAUAUGAACCAAAUUAUACAGAGAAUUA